AGAGCUUGUUUUGGAGGAAGUGAGUGAGCAGAGCUCAGCUAACAGCUAGCACGUUAGCUUGACAGAAAAAGCAAGCGUCAACGGGAACGGGCGAAACGGACCAUUGUAGCAAAUCGCUUCUGUUACACGAAGGGAGAUAUACACCGGCAGUGGCAGUAUUGAUUUUGAUAAGCAGGGUUAGCUGUGAGGCUAGCUAUCGGCUACUAUUUAACUGUCGACGCACUAAAAGUGUUGUUUUCUUACGGCGUUUAUAGGAGCCGUUAGCCUGUUAGCUAGCCUGCGCGUUAGCUAACGCUUCCAACUGGGGCAGACGAAAAGUAUUUUUUUACCGCAGGAUCAUCACCCAGCUGUGGCACAAUGACAUCAAGGAAGAAAGUACUACUCAAAGUCAUCAUCCUCGGAGACUCCGGAGUUGGGAAGACCUCAUUGAUGAACCAGUAUGUGAAUAAGAAGUUCAGUAACCAGUACAAAGCCACAAUAGGUGCUGAUUUCCUGACGAAAGAAGUCAUGGUGGAUGACAGACUUGUCACAAUGCAGAUCUGGGACACAGCAGGUCAGGAGAGGUUCCAGUCCUUGGGCGUAGCGUUCUACCGCGGAGCAGACUGCUGCGUCCUGGUGUUUGACGUCACAGCACCGAACACCUUCAAGACUCUAGACAGCUGGAGAGACGAGUUCUUGAUCCAGGCCAGCCCUCGAGACCCAGAGAAUUUCCCCUUUGUGGUGCUGGGCAAUAAGAUUGACUUGGAGAACAGACAGGUAACAACCAAGCGAGCGCAGGCGUGGUGUCAAAGCAAGAACAACAUCCCAUAUUUCGAAACCAGCGCCAAGGAGGCAAUCAAUGUGGAGCAGGCCUUCCAGACUAUUGCACGCAACGCCCUUAAACAGGAGACCGAAGUGGAGUUGUACAACGAGUUCCCUGAGCCGAUAAAGCUGGACAGGAACGAGCGAGCCAAGCCGUCAGCGGAGACCUGCAGCUGCUGAGGACUCUGAAGAUUUCUGGGGGGGGGUCGUCACUGCCCUCACUACCCUGUCUUGCCUUGUCUAUAUAUCCCUUAUCCCAUGGCCCACUGUGUUAAUCCCUAAUGCCCAACAUACAAGCAGCAUCCCACUCAUUGAGUAUACUACUACACACACAAACAUGCUGCACUCACUUCCUUAUGUAUACAAAACAAACAUUUUCUAUAAAAUAUGACUCUCCUAGCCCAAAGAACACCUUAAGGAAACAAUAUGGAAUAUACUUGUACGAUACUUAUUACUUCCUGUUUCCCCCACGUAUGGUUUCAUGGUUCGGGCUAACCUAAUUUCUCUCUCUCUCUCUCUCUCUCUCUCUCGCUCGCUCUCUCUCUCUCUCUCUCUCUCUCUCUCUCUCUCUCGCUCUCUCUCUCUCUCUCGCUCUCGCUCUCUCUCUCUCUCUCUCUCUCUCUCCUAAUUUUGGUUCUAACUGCUUCUAUUUGGUAAAUCGAAGCACUAUAUCUACAUAUGUGUUGAUGAGUAAAGUUAGAAAACUAAUGUUUUGUUUUAUCAAAGUUUCUUCAGCUUCAGUUUCUACUUUGACGUCCAGAUGACUAGAGCUGCAUGAAUAGAGGAAAACACUGCUCCCUCAUUUUACUCAUCUGUGUUGUGGCUUAAAUUAGUUUUGACCCUCAAAAACACUUGUUACCAUGGUUUCACUUUACCUCAUGCAAUCUAAAAAGUAGGAUUAGUCAGAAGUGAAGUGGUGAAGGAUCAGAAUGUGCAAAGGUGCAUGUCGGUCACAUUAAUUUGCUGCCUGCUAGUUCUCGUUAAUUGGCACAGAAUUGAAAACCCAUAUCCAUCAGACAAGUGUGUACAGAUUGCUUUUACUUUUACACUUUGCUGUCAUUCUCAAUUACUGAAGACUUGUUCAGACAUCUCAAUGUUGGAGCCACAAUAAAUGCCAUUGUAGCUCAGGUUGAAGACAUUGUGUGAAUCCAGACUCUGCUCCUAACACGCUAUUUGCUGUUCCUCUAUUGGGGGAAAUAAAGGUUCAUCUCAUCAGUUAUUCUUGGUACAUCUGACGUGGGAAUGAACCAAAUGAAGACGGCAUGUCUUUACUACCCGAGAGGAAAGAGCUUUCUCAAGUACAAACAUCCUUCAUAACUGAUGCUAUUAGUUAGUAUGUUUCUUUUUACUGUCAACUGUUGCAAGACUUUGUAUAUUUGCAAACCUCUCAAUCAGUGGAGAAGGCAAAAAGUUGUGUUGUAAAUCUCCAUAUCCGACUCUGCCAGUUGCUCGUGUUGGCCAACAAUUUAAGUGCUUGACUUUUCUUUUAACCGAUCAGAUCUUUAACUCUCGGUUUGUAUUAUGUUAGAACAUUGAAAUGCAUUAUAGAUUACAAGAUCGCAUACAUACUGUAACUUUGUGGGGGGAAGUAUUGGCAUUCAUCAUUAUUAAUAUGAGAAAUGCAUAGCAUCUACGGUACAUUGUUUUGAAAUGUCUUUGCGUUUCAAGUAAUAAGGGUAAUAAAAAUCUUGAAUUUAA